AUGUCUGACUCUUCAGAAUAUUCCAUGACGCCGGCAGAAUCAGAAUCGAAGCAGUCUCAAAGUCAUAGGCCCAAUUCUAUAUUCAGUAGAAUUUACAGUCUAUUUAGGAAUGGAUCCCAGAAUGCGCUGAAUGACAAGUCUAAUGGAAUAAGUGCUGGCAAAGUGAUCAAGCCAUCGAAAUUGAAGAAAAGGAAAAUUAAAACUAAACGAUUAAACAAUGAGAAAGACGUAGACGUAAACGUUAACAAAGAACAAUUUAGUGUUCCAAUAAAGCCGCCGCUUCUUGAGUCGUUAAAACUGAGCAAAACAGAUGGUCUGGAUUCAAGUCUUAAUACUGCUUCACAUAAGGUUGCGUAUGAAGGUAGAAGAGACAUAAGGCCGCAGGUUAUUCGAUUGGGUCCGAGAAAAGCUAUACGUAUAAAUCCAAAUUCAUCAACUUCAACUAUCUCAUUAUCACCACCACCCAUAUCUAUACCACCACCUGUAUCUAUAUCGCCACCUGUAUCUAUACCACUACAUGCUGUAUCUACACCACAACGUGUUGCGCCGGUAUCACCCCCACUAGAAAUACCAGUAUCACCACCGACUGUUUCAUUAUCUCCACCAGCUGUAUCAGUAUCAUCACCAGCUAUAACAUUUUCACCUCCAACGGUACCAGUAUUACCUUCAACAGUACCAAUUUCACCACCUGUAAUGGAGUCACCUCUGUUGUUUUACGAAACUAACGAUAAAAUGAGUCCGGCGCAGCAUAUCCCCACGUCUAAUACUUCAACACCUUUUAGGAGUCGUUCACGAAUGAUAAGGGUAAACACGAUAGAAGAUUUAGAUGAACCACAGGAGAAAAAAGAUGCCAUACAAGACAAUAACAAAAUAAGCUCUAUACACGAGGCAUCAACGAAAGAGAAUAGAAAGAAAAAGAAGAAAUCUAAAGAUGGUCAAAAGAGAAAGAAGAGAAGAGAAAUGCUACGGGACGAGGAUAACACGAUCCUUAGACUAGCUGAAUCGAAUGGUAAAGUAAUUCUAACAGAGGCCGAAGACAAUGAUUUAAGCAGCGCGCCCGAAUCAAUAAGGUCUUCUAAUAUCAAUAAUAUACAUAAUCCUUUUCACAUAACUACAGAAAGUGGAGAAAAUAUUGCGCCAAACAGAAUAGAUCGUCAAGAGUAUAUUGCAAGUAUAUCAAGUAAUCUUCCCAAAGACAAUAACGAUCCACAUAAUGUUAGCUCAAAUUCUAGGAAUGGAUUCGUAACAAAUGACAAAAGCUCUAACAUAAACAUAGCAGACAAUGAAUUUCAUAAAAGUCAGUUUGGAACACUUGACAAUAAUUUGGAAAGUCCAAAUGCUGUACAAAAAGAAGCGGGCGAAGUUAGUAAGCUCUUUAUGAGUAGCGAUAUUGAUAGUGAAGAAGAUAGAGUAAUCUUAGAAUAUAGGAGUAAGAGUCGUCAAUAUUCGGAGUUAAAAUGGCCAGGCCAUGAUUCUAUUGGCGAUAUAAUUCUUCCAAGCGAGCCAAAAACACCUGCUAAAGGGGAAGGGCAAUCCAAGGUUAUGAAUGGCUCUAAAGAUGCUAACUCUUCAAAUAAGCCCAGACUAUUAUCAGAUAUAAUGGCUGAAAGGUAUAAAAUGGAUGGUAUUUCGUUUCUGGGUACAUUCAAGACACCACAUAUUCCACUUAAUGCUGACACUAAAUCGAAUGACGACUUGAACUCGAUUACAGAAGAUAAAGGGGAGAGCCCAGUAUACAAAAAAUUUGGUAUUGACGUACGAAAAGAAAAAUUUCGUGAGAAAGAUUGA